UAAUCACCUCGAGCUUCAAUGAACUCUAAAACUGUCAAUUAAUUCAAAACAUUGAACUUCUUUAUUAAUCAUCCAUCUUCAUCUUCAUCUCCGUCUUCGUCUUCGUGUCUACAUACUUACCUAAUAAGUAUUAAUCAUUUAAUACGCCAUUUAUACCCUAUUACACAUAUUCAUCUAGAAAUCAAGCCAAUAGUUACUAGGACCGCAUUAACCAGUCGUCAAAAUGACGGACAACAGUAAGCAGCAUAAGUACAGGCAAGAGAUCCAGCAGAUGAUGUACGUCUCUGGUGAAACUGGAGAGCCAUCUGUCGAGACAACCGCCAUGAUCGAAGAGAUUGUUCGCCAGCAGGUUAUUGAAAUGCUGCGAAAUUGUACCGAAUUGGCUACACGACGUGGUUCUCGAUCAAUCACUAUCAAUGAUCUGAUAUUUCUGAUCCGCGACGAUGCGCCAAAGGUCUCACGUCUAAGAACAUUUCUGUCUUGGAAAGAUGUGCGCAAGAGUGCCAAGGACUCGGACGACAAAGGCGGAGAGGCCGACAUAGGAGUCGGCGAUGAUCAAGCUGGCGCCGUCAUGCCUGGUGGUCCCGCAGUGGAAGAGGCCGCCAAGAAGAACAAGAAGGCAAAGGUCAAGCUCCCUUGGGAACCGUCCUCGUAUUAUAGCCAAGAAGUUCCGGAGCGCGACGACGAGGAAGAUGAGGAAGAGGAGGAGAUGAACUAUAUCACACUCCAACGAUUGCGCAAAGCCGACGAGCGCACCAAAGCUAUGACCAAAGAAGAGUACGUGACAUGGUCUGAAUAUCGGCAGGCAUCGUUUACGUAUCGCAAGGGUAAGCGAUUCAGGGAAUGGGCCGGCUUUGGCAUUGUAACGGACAGCAAACCCUCGGACGAUAUUGUCGACAUCCUCGGUUUCUUGACGUUCGAGAUGGUGCAAACACUUACGGAAGAGGCGCUUAAGAUCAAAGAACACGAGGACCUAUGGAGGGAACGAAGCGGAGGCGAGAACCCCGGAAGCAAGAAGCGCAAGCUUGCCCAGGGACUAUUCGAUCCGCCCAGUGAGGGAAAGACUCCGGUUGAGUCCCGCCACAUUCAAGAAGCGUUCCGAAGACUUCAGGCUCGUCCAAAGAAAUCGAGAGCUAUGUUAAACGGAACCAAUUUACAGCAGCGAACCACCCUGAGAUUAUUCUAGACGGCCAGUUGGGGGGUCAGGAGGGCCUAUCAUGUUGCUCUCUUGGCUUAAAUCCCCUUCAGUGGCGUCGGCGACGACAGACACAUCUCUUAUUUCCAGCGAAAUACCACGGAUAAGGAGGGCAUUACCUACCCAGGUAGUAGGACGGCGUUUAUUAUGUAUGAUCUUUGAUUAAAUGAUGUCACCAACAUCAGGCUACAUUUACACUACGGCGUAUUUUUGAACAGCGCGCAUGUCGGCGGGAUUUAAAGCCCAGCCUUAAUGUAGGAUAUUACAUUUUAAAUAGCGAACCAAUAUUCAUUGAUUUUUUGCCAUCAUUCUACUAAUAAAGUCAAAAAUAUCUAUGCUUAA